AAUGUCACCAAUCAUCAGAGCCAAUCACCAACCGGUGACAACUUUGACAUUGACACUUGACAUCAGCAGUGCAAAGAUGGCGUCCAUCCUGAAAUUGUCCCAGUCUGUUGCAAAAUUAUCGAAAAAUAAUAAUUUAACUAAGGUUCUCGCCAGAGCUUCUAGUGCUGCAGCCGAAGCAAAACAAGUAUCCGUAAAUGUACCUCCAACUAAAGUUACCACACUUAAUAACGGUAUCAGAGUCGCUACAGAAGACUGGGGCUCCCAAACAGCUACAGUAGGUAUUUGGAUCGAUGCCGGAAGUCGAUACGAAAAUGCCCAAAACAACGGGGUUGCCCACUUUAUGGAACACAUGGCCUUUAAGGGUACAGGAAAGCGUACCCAGGGUCAAUUGGAAAUAGAAAUCGAAGAUUUAGGAGCACAACUGAAUGCUUAUACCAGUCGGGAACAAACGGUUUAUUAUUCAAAAUGUUUGUCAAAAGAUGUUCCAAAGGCUAUUGAAAUUUUGGCUGACAUUGUCCAGAAUGCUAAGUUAGGCGAAGCUGAAAUCGAAAGAGAACGUGGAGUGAUCUUAAGAGAAAUGCAAGAAGUUGAAUCAAACUUACAGGAGGUUGUGUUUGAUCAUUUACAUGCAGUGGCAUAUCAGGGAACACCUUUGGCAAAUACAAUUUUAGGACCUACUGCAAAUAUUCGUUCUAUCAGUGACAGAGAUUUAAGACAUUAUUUGGACAACCAUUAUAAAGCCAGUCGUGUUGUAAUAGCAGGCGCUGGUGGAGUGUGUCACGAGGAUUUAGUGAAAUUGGCCGAAGCUAACCUAGGAAAGCUUAACAAUACUUAUGUAGGAGAAGUACCAAAAUUAUCUCCUUGCCGAUUCACCGGUUCCGAAAUUCGGGUCCGUGAUGACUCCUUGCCAUUGGCUCACGUUGCCAUUGCCGUGGAGGGGGCCGGAUGGUCUGAUCCAGACACCCUAACUUUGAUGGUUGCGUCAACUUUAUUGGGUGCAUGGGAUAGGUCUCAGGCAUCUGCUAAACAGAACGCUACCAAUUUAGCUAGGGUCAGUGCUGAGGAGGAUUUGUGCCAUUCGUACCAGAGUUUCAACACUUGCUAUAAGGAUACCGGACUUUGGGGAAUUUACUUUGUGACUGAUCCACUAAAAGCCGAAGACAUGGUGUUCAACAUUCAGGAAGAAUUUGUCAGACUGUGCACUAGUGUUACCGAGGGCGAGGUCGAACGUGCUAAAGCUUUAUUAACGGCAAACACUUUGCUACAAUUGGACACUUCCACAGCCGUAUGUGAAGAUAUUGGUCGUCAGCUGUUGUGCUACGGAAGGAGACUUCCCCCUCAUGAAUUGACACACAGAAUUAACUCAAUUACUGCCCGAAAUGUUCGAGAUGUUUGCUACAAAUAUUUAUAUGAUAGGUGCCCAGCUGUAGCUGCUGUAGGUCCAGUUGAAGGAGUACCAGACUACAACAGGAUUCGUGCGGCCAUGUACUGGUUGCGUGUCUGAAUUGUUAUAAUAUAAAAAACAGCAACAAGUAAUUUCCAUUUGUUUAAUCAAAACUCUUAAUUUGUCACCUAUUAUAUAUUCGAAAAUUUGUCAGAGCCGUGAUGAAGAAUUUAUUUUAAAACAGUAUGUAUAUACCACAAAGAUUAUGUUGAUUUUUAAUAAAAAAUUUCUUUUUUUAAA